AUGGAAAACAAUCCAACUUUUACACAUAUUAUUUAUAAAAACGAUCCUUUGAUGUUUAAAAGUUAUGUUGGCAGAGAAGUGAACAUUUUAACUCAAGACGAUUCCACGAUUUCUGGGACCGUUUAUACGGUUGAUCCGGUAUCAGAAAGCGUUGUGCUGUUACAAGAUUGCCAACAGAACCAUUUAAAAAUAAUUCUUGGGCAUGCAAUAAGAAACAUUGAAAUCUGUUCAGAUAAGACGUGUGAAUUACGUGAAUUAUUCAUGAACAGACCAACCUGUAUGCCUCGAUCAGCUUUAGAUGAACGGAAGAAUGCUGUUGUUAAAAUGCUCCGGGAGAAUAGGUUUCCCGUAACAGAAAAAAAUGAUAUCUUAAUGAUUGCAGAUGUAUUGUCCAUAAACCCACCGUAUAAACCUAAUGAUUGUAUUUGCGCAAACAGUAUCAUCUUAGGAAGAAUACAGCAUCUGUUAUCGUGUAUGGACACUUGACGUUUCACACAUAUUAAACAAUAUUAAAAAUGAAUCUCUGAUGUAUUUAGGUAGAAAAUUUCAGACACUCACAAAAUUAUCGGCAAACAA